AUGAUGAUUAGACAAUCUAUAACAUCUAUGACCGCUAGACCAACGGUCAUGCUUACCCGUAAUCUUUCAAUGACAUCCAGACUUUUGAAACCUGCUUUAGCAGCCGAACGUACCGACUACUUAACCACUGGUGGAUCAACCCAAUCCGCUCCAUGUAAGGGAUUCAGACAACCCAGACCAAAGACUUGGGAAGAAUCAGGUGAAUCUGCCUUGAGUAAAGCUACCAAGUUUUUCUUUUUAAGUGAGAUUGCUCGUGGGAUGUAUAUUUGUAUGGAAAUGUUUUUCAGAGCUCCAUAUACGAUUUAUUAUCCGUUUGAAAAGGGACCAAUUAGUCCUAGAUUUAGAGGUGAACAUGCGUUAAGAAGAUAUCCUAGUGGUGAAGAACGUUGUAUUGCAUGUAAAUUAUGUGAAGCAAUUUGUCCAGCACAAGCAAUUACAAUUGAAGCUGAAGAAAGAAUUGAUGGAAGUAGAAGAACUUAUAAGUAUGAUAUUGAUAUGACUAAAUGUAUUUAUUGUGGUUAUUGUCAAGAAUCUUGUCCUGUUGAUGCAAUUGUUGAAUCUCCAAAUGUUGAAUAUUCAACUGGUACUAGAGAAGAAUUGUUAUAUAAUAAAGAAAAAUUAUUGGAGAAUGGUGAUAAAUGGGAACAAGAAUUACAAUACUGUAUUGAUGCUGAUGCUCCAUACCGUUAA